GAAAUAUGAAGUUUAAAGUAGAAUGUGAAUGGUAAAUGUUAAAGUUAAAUUAAGAUACAUAAUAAUUGGUUCAAACUUGAGAUAACCAGGACGAAAUAAUUGGUUUGGUACAAAGUACAAAACAACUUUGGUUAAAGGAAUCAUACUUUCCACGAGGAAUCGCCAGUUCGCCACCAGUUGGCCGGAUCGAACGGUGCCUACUGCUUAACCCGGUCUUUAGAUAAUACCCACCUGUUAAGUCAUUCGGGUCAUCUCUGACCCGGAAGUUUCUAAUCUCUCUCUCUUUCCUAAAGUAACAAACUUUAAAUUUUCUGCAAAAUCGAACAACGAAUCAUCAGCCCGAGAAGCUUCUUCAAUCCUGUAAAUUUUUCAUUCUACGUACCAAUCUCUCAUUUCCCAGAUUCGUUUCUUGCUUCCAUUGCUCUUCCUUUGUACCAAUCAUCAUCUCCAGGUGAUCGGUUUAUUAAAAAUUAGGGUUUUUGAUUGUUCUAAUCCGAUCUCUCGGUUCCUUUAAGAUUGAUGAUGAAUUUCGAAGCGUGAUAUGAAAAGAUCUGAAGACUUGAUGUCAGAACUUGCGUUGCGUGGGUUCCGAGAUAAUUGUUGAUGGAAAGAGUAUCAGAGCGAAGUUUGUCAGAAAAUUUGAGAAGAAGCGAUCGAGAAGAUGGGAAGAUUAUAGAAUGGGAAGAAUUCGACCAUGAGCUUACGAGGUUAUGGAGUCUUUCUUCUGCUAUGAAAUUAGCCACAGAGAGGAAACAAAUCCUGCAACCGAAACUUGAGUCUCUUAUUCAGGUUUUUCUCUUACUCAUGUGUUUUCUUUUGGGCAUGUCUGAAUUUGAUUCAUUUCUGAGUGUAAAGCAUAGAUUUUUAUUAGUGGCAUUGUCUUAAGGGUGGAUGAAGAUAGCUAGAAGAAGAAACUCUAUUCAAAGAAAAUUUAUGCUUUCUUAUUGUGUUGGUUAGGAAUGUGUUGUUUAGUCUUAUUAUUCUUGCUUAUCUCUUACUUUAUCUACUCGAUGAGCUUUAAUUGAUUAGCCCGCGGAUUAGCGGGCGGCAAAAUUUCGGGCAGGUUAGUACUGAAUCAUUGAGACGCACUAAUGAACUUGAAGAAAUGCGUCAGAGGCUUGAAGCAAGAAAAUUGUUGGUGGACAAGACAUCAGUUGCUUGCAAAGUUACUGAGCAGGAUGUUAAAAAGAAAGAGGAGAAUCUUAGUACAGAAGUGAGGUCUUUGCUAGUAGGCGGAACAACUCUUUCGAUCGCUAAAAGCAAAUUGCAGGAAUCAAACUGCCAACUAGAAGGAGAAAGUGGUUAUGCACAUUUAAAGAUUGUAACGAAUAAGCUGAGAAAGAGGCAGCAGUUCAUGGUAUCUCAAGUUUCAUUUAUCUAUCCCUUGAAGAUUGAAGCUGGACCUUCACAAGACCAAGAACUGGAAUCAUUUCCUGGUGGCAGUAGAUUAGGAACUAAGCCUCUGAGUCAAGGAUCUGUGAGAAUUCUGGGGUUGCCUUUUAGUAUGGCCCCGUUUACAAAGAUGAGCUUCUUCACCGACAAGAAAGAAGUUCAGAAGUCUGCAACUGCCCUAGGAUAUGUAGCCCAUGCCGUGUCACUAAUAGCUCCUUACUUGAGAGUGCCAAUUCGUUAUCCUUUGUGCCUGGGGGGUUCCAAAACAUACAUUCGAGACUAUGCACCUUACAUUGAGCCUUCACCAUCAGACAUGUCUCCGAUUACCACGCUUUCCCAAAAUAUUAACUUUGUAGAGUUUCCUCUGUUUCUGGAUGGUCAAGAUACAACACGAGCUGCCUAUGCUGUCUUCUUACUAAACAAGAACAUCGAGCAACUCUUGAACUUUGUGGGGGAAAAUAGUCUAGGACCACGUCAGGUUCUAGCAAACCUGAAGGAGCUAAUUCGAAUCAUCCAAUCUCCAGAUUAUAUCGAUUAUUUAUGACGAUGAUGAUGAUGACGACGAAAAUAAUGACGAUGAUGAAGAUAUCAAUCCAUUCCUUCUCACACAUCUUCCAGAGUUCCAGUGUCUCUUCUUGUUUAUUGAAUCAUCUCAAGUCAGACACUUUGUGGAGGUAAAAAAGUACAAAUAAUUGAUUUUGUUAGAGAAAUUUUAGACAUGGAAAUUCUCUUUAGGAUGAGACUCCUCCUCUCUAGAUGUGAUGUUUUUGGUUUGGAGAGACCGACGAUAAACGAAAGCUUAGUCUAUUAUACAGUUCUUUCUUAAGUUCUAACAGCUGUAUUAGUUUUUUUGUUUCCCUUUAUCUUUUUGUGCUAGUUGUACCAUUUGAAAUAUGUUUGAAUUUGUAACAAUGAGCCUGUUGUUGAGUCAGUACAAUUUUCAACGUACUGUUGGAAUACGAAACGUGUGAACUGUGGAGUGAUGAUGAUUCAAAGGCGAGAAAACAAAAGACCAC